CACCUCACCCACCCAGCCCCGCGGCCGGCGCCCGCCUCGCCAGUCCCACACGAGCUAGCACCCCGCGCGCGCUCUCGAUCCUCGCGCGCCUCAGCGGAUGGGCGCCGCCGGCCAGCUCCGCCGCCGGACGCGCGCGCGGACGGCGCCGAGCCGGGCGGAGACCGGCGGCGGCGGCGACGACGACGUGAGCUGCGAGGCGUGCGGGUCCGGGGACGCCGCCGCGGAGCUGAUGCUGUGCGACGGCUGCGACCGCGGGUUCCACAUCUUCUGCCUCCGCCCCAUCCUCCCGCGCGUGCCAGCCGGCGACUGGUUCUGCCCCUCCUGCCGCUCCCCGGCCCCCGCCAAGUCCAAGUCCGCCGCCGCCACCGCCAGGAAGCCCAAACAGUUUCCCCUGGGCCAGACCAAGAUCGUGGAUUUCUUCAAGAUCCAGCGGAGCCCGCUGGCCGCGGCGGCGGCGGGGUCGUCGGAGGCGAGGAAGCGGAAGCGGAAGCCCGCGGGGGCGCUGGUGGUGUCCAAGAAGAAGAAGCGGAAGCUGCUGCCCUUCAACCCCAGCGACGACCCCGCGCAGCGGCUCCACCAGAUGGCCUCUCUCGCCACCGCGCUCACGGCCACCGGCGCCGUCUUCAGCAACCACCUCACCUACCAGCCCGGCAUGGCGCCGCGCUCCGCCAACCGCGCCGCCCUCGAGGCCGGAGGGAUGCAGGUGCUGCCGAAGGAGGACGUGGAGACGCUGAGCCAGUGCCAGCGGAUGAUGGAGCGUGGGGAGUGCCCGCCCCUGCUGGUGGUGUACGACCCCGUGGAGGGGUUCACGGUGGAGGCGGACCGGUUCAUCAGGGACCUGACCAUCAUCACCGAGUACGUCGGCGACGUGGACUACCUGCGGAACCGGGAGCACGACGACGGCGACAGCAUGAUGACGCUGCUCUCGGCGUCGGCGCCGUCCCGGAGCCUCGUCAUCUGCCCCGACCGGCGCAGCAACAUCGCGCGCUUCAUCAACGGCAUCAACAACCACACGCCGGAGGGCAGGAAGAAGCAGAACCUCAAGUGCGUGCGCUUCGACGUCGCCGGCGAGUGCCGGGUGCUGCUGGUGGCCAACAGGGACAUCUCCAAGGGGGAGAGGCUCUACUACGACUACAACGGCUCGGAGCACGAGUACCCGACACACCAUUUCGUGUGACCACCGAUCGAGCUCCCUCCUAAGCUAAGAAACUUGAGAUGAUGUUGUUGCUGGGUUUGGGGGAUCAGAUCAGAGUAGCAGCUUCUAACCUGCAUAUUCAUGUAGCUGAAAAGGUAGCAAUUUGAGCAGAGGUAGCAGUCUGAUUGGUGACAUUGGAGGUUCAAACCCAGGGAAGGGGAUUGUAUUGUAUUGUAUUGUCAGUGAUUCCUGUUGUAAAACAUGGCUGCUGGAUCAACCAUCAGUCUGGGAAGCAAUGGCAAUGGCCAGGAAGGGUAUCUGUUCAUCUCAUACCUGAUUGACUCCAACAUCUUCAGAGUUCCUACGUAUUGUCCAAGUAGAAACAAACAGUUGGCCUGAAUCAUAGUACUGUCUCACUGGUAGUGUUGUUCCAAGUA